GCGUUUAGUCAGCAUUUCGUACUGUUAACCUGAAUGCUGAUUUCAAUACCAAUAGAAAUGAAUAGAAAAUUUAAAAGGGAUAAAGGCUUGAAUAAACUCAAUUGGAUUUUAUCUAUUGCUCUCUAUGUUCUUCUUUUACUGGCUUUUGUAGACUGCCUCGGAAUCCCAUGCACUGAGGAAUAUAAUAAGUUCUUGUGCGAUAACCAACAUUGUAUUUGGAAAGCGUGGAGAUGCGACAAAGAGAAUGAUUGUAAAGAUAACUCCGAUGAAAUAAAUUGCGAAAACAAGACGUGCAAUGCUACUGAGCAAUUUCGAUGUAACAACGGACUAUGUGUAUCGAGACGAUGGCUCUGCGAUGGGGAGGAUGAUUGUAAAGAUAAUUCAGAUGAAGACCCAACCAUGUGCAAGAACAGACCGUGCAACACAACGGGCCAAGACUUCCAAUGUGCGCACGGUAAAUCAUGUAUUUCAUCCACGUGGAAAUGUGACGGUGAUCGUGAUUGUUCAGAUGGUAGCGAUGAAGUGGAUUGCGAGCAACCUACAUGUUUACCAAGUGAGUUCCAGUGUAGCAACCAUGAAUGUAUAACGAGCAGAUGGAGAUGCGAUGGAGAGAUGGAUUGUGAGGAUGAAUCCGAUGAACAAGGGUGUCCGCAUAAAGACUGUGCAGCGAAUGAGUUUCGAUGCAGCAGCCACCAACAGUGCAUCCCCCUACCGUGGAAAUGCGAUGAAGACGAAGAUUGUGAAGAUGGAUCGGAUGAACAAGGAUGUCCUGCUAGACCCACACCAGUAUGCCCCGCUGGUUACUUCUCAUGUCAGUAUGGUUUCCCUGCUUGUAUUAUAAAGACCUGGAGGUGUGAUGGUGAACCUGAUUGUAGUGGGGGGUCUGAUGAACAUAACUGUUCCACGGUGAACACUGAGUGCCGUAACGACCAGUUUGCCUGCGACAUGCAUCACUGCAUUGAUGUUAACCUUGUAUGUAACGGAGUGAGAGAUUGCAAUGAUGGAGCUGAUGAACUGCAGUGUGAAGGUAAUGAACCAGUUGUUAUGUAUACGGUUUAACGGUUACAUAUAUUA